GUAAUAUUAUUAUUAUGGUGGAUGUUAUGUUUUUUAUUUAUUUUUAUUAUUUUAUAUUCCUUUUUUUUAAAUAUUAUUCGUGUUAAAAAUGCUUAAUCUUUUACCACGUAAACAUAAUAUUAAUUUUUGUAAUAAUCAAAGAUGAAAAAUAAUUAGUGACAUUUUAUUAAGUGAAUAAUAAAUACAAAUUCUUCAUUUUAAUUUAUUGCGAUGCUUUUUCUAUUUUAUGAUAAAAUUCUUGCCUGAUUACUAUCUUAUUUUGUAAAACUUCAAUUAAUGCAAUAUGUGUGAAAUGUGUUAAAAUGGAUCAAAUUAUAACACAAUUACAAUCUAAAUUUAAGGUAAGUGACAAACGCAUUGAAUUCAAGUCAAAAUUAAAAUAUUUAGCUCGUUGUGAACCAUGUGGGCAGAAUGAGUCGUAGCCGUAGAAAACUAUUAGUUUAUGGGCUAAUCGCAGGCACCAUAUUAUUAUUCAUUUACAAUCUACGAUCAUGUUCACGACCGGAGGCACAAAAUGUCUUUAUGGUACCAAAAGAAAAAUUUAUUACCGACAAAGACAUGAAAGUAUACACAUACGAUCGAGACAUGCCUCUGAUAUUUAUUGGCGGCGUGCCGAGGUCCGGUACAACUCUUAUGAGAGCAAUGUUAGACGCACAUCCUGACGUUCGAUGUGGUCAAGAGACUAGGGUUGUGCCCAGGAUCUUACAAAUGCGCAACCAUUGGUACAAAUCGUCUAAAGAGACGUUGAGACUGAAGGAGGCUGGAGUUUCAGAAGAAGUGGUCAAUUCGGCAGUGGCCGCUUUUAUUCUAGAAGUGAUCGCACGGCAUGGUGUUCCGGCCCCGCGAUUGUGCAACAAAGAUCCUCUUGCACUCAAAUCAAUGGAUUAUCUGAAAGUUCUGUUCCCAAAUGCCAAAUACAUUUUCAUGGUGCGUGACGGCAGGGCCACAGUACAUUCGAUUAUAUCGCGAAAGGUGACAAUCACUGGUUUUGAUUUGACCAGUUACAGACAGUGCUUGGAAAAAUGGGAUGAUGCUAUCAGUAUCAUGUAUAAAAACUGUCAAAAAGUAGGACCAACGCACUGUUUAAUGGUAUAUUACGAAGAAUUAGUGUUAAGACCUCGUGAUACAUUGACUCACAUACUGAAAUUUUUAAACAUACCAUGGAAUGAAACGGUUCUCCAUCACAAUGAAAUGAUAAACAAACCAGGAGGAAUCGCCUUAUCGAUGGUGGAACGUUCUUCGGACCAAGUUGUUAAACCCUUGUACCAAGAAGCGUUAACUAAAUGGGUUGGUCAAAUUCCUGAUGAUGUUGUAGCUGAAAUGGAUAGUAUUGCACCUAUGUUGUCUGUUCUGGGGUAUGAUCCAAUGGCAAACCCGCCUGUUUAUGCGAUUCCAGAGAACGAACAACAAAAUAGUAGUUCUAAUGUUGAUAUUAUAGAAAAAGAAUCUACUGAAAGAUAGUGAAUUCUAUCUUUAGCCAAACCUACUUUAUUUUUCAUGUUAUUGAAAAUAUGUAAAUAUAAAUAAAUGUAAUUUUACAACAUAUAUUUUGUAUAUAUUAUUAUUUUUUCAUUUUAUAUUGUCUCAUGUUGGGUAUUAUAGUUAAUAAUGAUUAUUUUGUUUUUAUACUUAUAUUUUGUACUUAUUAUAUAUUUGUAUUACAGCAGUAAAUUCUGUAAAUUUUUUUUAAUUGAAUUAAAUAUAUUCGACAAUCUUUAAA